AACAGUAUUUUUCAUUAACAGUACAAAGCUGUAAAUUUCAGCGACAGUAUAAUAAUGUUAAUUUUACAGUAACAUAAAGGCAACCCUGCUGCCAGUUCUUUACUGUUAUUUUACUGGGAAAUUCUUAACAGUGCAUCAGUAUCAUGGCACCAUCACAUCCUCCCACCACUGGAUCCUCCUCUGGUUCUCAUUAUUAGAGACAGCGCGUCACUAGAGGGAAUCAUUUUACGCACGAACACUUUUACGCACAAACCUACUGUGUGUGGAGCGUCUCUCUGCUCCUGUUGCAGCAUGGAGAACUCCAGCAUGUCGGGUGGCGACGCACAAAAUGCUGCUUUGACAGACUUUAUGUCGAAGCAAGUUGUGCAUUUUGCAGAGGACUCUGCCAUGGCUGGAUUAGCAGCGAGGAGUGCCAUCUUCAGCACAUCCAGUUCUGCCGCUGGAGCUGACUUUAUGUCGGUUCUGCAGACUGAAGCUCCUCAUCUGAUGCCCGCCUUCUGGGACUCCCCUCUCAGCCACGGUAUCAAUGUGUUCGUGGGUCUGGUCCUGUGCUUCACCAUGCUGGGUCUGGGCUGCACCGUGGAGGUCAGCCAGCUGGGAGAACACAUCCGCAGACCCGUCGGAGUGCUGCUGGCUCUGCUCUGUCAGUUCGUCAUCAUGCCCUUGGUGGCCUUUCUGUUGGCUCUAGCCUUCUCUCUGGAUGAUGUGGCUGCGAUGGCUGUUCUGCUCUGUGGAUGCUGUCCAGGAGGAAACCUGUCAAACAUCAUGUCUCUGCUGGUGCACGGGGAGAUGAAUCUAAGCAUCGUCAUGACCAUAUCUUCCACUCUGCUGGCGCUGGUGCUGAUGCCGCUGUGUCUGUGGAUCUACAGCCGGGCCUGGAUCCACACACCUGUAGUCAACCUCAUGCCCUUCGGGGCCAUCAUCCUGACCUUGUGCAGCACUCUCAUCCCCAUUGGGUUAGGAGUUAUGCUGAGGUACCGAUACACACGUGUGGCCGACAUCGUUUUAAAGGUCUCCCUGUGGUCUCUGCUGAUCACCCUCAUACUGCUGUUCAUCCUGACUGGAGCGAUGCUGGGACCUGAGCUGCUGUCCACCAUCCCGCCCUCUGUCUACGUGGUGGCAAUCCUGAUGCCUCUAUGUGGCUACGCUGCAGGUUACGGCCUGGCCGUGCUAUUUGAACUGCCGCCCAGCAGCUGCAGGUCGGUCUCCCUGGAGACGGGAUGCCAGAACGUGCAGCUGUGCACGGCCAUCCUGAAGCUGGCCUUCCCGCCUCAGCUGAUGGGAGGGAUGUACAUGUUCCCUCUGCUCUACGCCCUGUUCCAAGCGGCCGAGGCCGGCAUUUUCAUCCUGGCCUACAGGAUGUACAGGAAGAAGGUCCUGCACAAACCGGACCCCAUGCGGGACGGCGAGGACACGGAUAUAACAUAUCAAAGGUUUCAGGAUGAUGAGGACAUGGACUCGUCUUAUGGUGCCGUGACAGUGAGCGACCCAAACACCAUCAUGUUGGACCCCUGUCCUCCUGAUCCGACUCCUGUCUAACGCGCAAUAUGUUUAAAAUCACUUCCCUACCAUGGAUGUAGGGGAGCAGAAUAAGACCCGCAAGUGGAUUCACCAUUUAAAUCGCUGUCAUUCAUAAAGAAAAACCUGGAAAACGGGGACACGAUGCAGAGAAACCCAGAAAGUUUAUCACUGACCUGACAG